UUGACCACUUACCCAUUUAGGACUUUUAUACAAGAUUUUCACAUGAAAUUGAUGGACCACUAACUCACAUAUGACUAGCAAACAGGAUUUGAGCAUUACAUACAUUAUAUUGGUGAAUCACUGACCCAUAUAGGACAAGAAUACAGAAUUUUCACAUGAAAUUGAUGGAUAGCUAGAUCAUUUAAGACUAGUAUACAUGAUUUGCACAUUAUAUUGGUGAUCUCUAAAAGACAUACACACAUAAUUUGAGUGAUUUGGUUCACCCUUUACUACCCUUUGCAUUCGUUUGACUUCACUUCUUAAAAGAGAGCUUCGUCUUCAACUAGACUCUGCACGCAGGGUAACCCUUUACCUAAGGACUUGCCCAUCUCACUUGCACUGUGUCCUCAACACCAGAGAACAAGAACAAUGGAUUCACUUGCCAAAACCAUGGGAGAGCAAACCAACAAGAGGAAAGCCAAGCUGAAAGAGAAACAAGCCAUUGUAGCUGUAUCUGCAGUCAGUUUAGCAUGUGCUCUACUAAUGUUUGUAUUUGCCGUUGUUCAUUUGGCCGUGGAUCCCCUGAAGUACAAUUGGAUGACCAUGUUUACCCAGUUCGACUUAUACUCUGCUGUAUUCCUCGUCGUGUUAAGUACUUAUUGUUUCACAAAUGGUUUCAAUCUUAGAAAACAAUCUCGGUAUGAAGAGCGUGGAUGUAAUAUAUCAGUUUAUGUUAUUCUUGCAUUGUUGUCUGUUGUAUUCUGGGCAAUGCAUACAGCGUACCAUGUACCUCAGAUCAUGGACCCUAUGUCCCGGGUUCCAAGAGCAGGUCCUGUGAUACUCGGCUCUGAUAAAUUCAGCGACGAAUACAAAAUAAAGAACUACGAUUGUUCACACCCUGGAAAAAUUGUAAAUGACAUAUAUUGUGAAUUGUACACUGCCAUAUAUGGUGAUAAGACUGUGACGGAGAGUCGGGCUACAAAACUUACACCAUAUUACCUUUGGAGGGUACAGGUUGGUCUAAAUAUGGUUACAGCAAUAUUAGGUGGAAUAAGCAUUUUAUUUGCUAUUAUAACUGCAUUAGUCACAUGGAAAAAACUCUUGAAAGUACCAAGAAAAGUCACCCUGCGUCGACGCGCAAAGAGCAAUUCUCUAAAGUUACAUGAUAACUCGUCUAUAGAGAUCCCCAAAUUGCAUCUCCCAGAGCACCUUAUUGAUAGGCUUCAGUUGCAGUUGUCUACUCCAUCCCCUACUCCCCAAUCCCAACGUAGAAACUCUCUUGUGUGGCAAAUUUCUAAGAGUCAAUUGGAGUCUGCCAUCACACCUCCAAAGUCAUUACAAACAGAGAUGGAUUUAACAUGUGUAAAUCCAGAUGCUUCACCUAUCAACAAAAACUUAUUGCAUGUUUUUACAACAAAGGUACAAAUUGAGUUACCAUGCAGAUCAGAGAUGGAAACUGAGAUACCAAGUACAUCAGAGAUACAAACUAAGUUACCAAGUACAUCAGAGAUACAAACUGAGUUACCAAGUACAUCAGAGAUACAAACUGAGUUACCAAGUAUAUCAGAGAUGGAAACUGAGUUACCAAGUACAUCAGAUAUACAAACUGAGUUACCAAGUACAUCAGAGAUACAAACUGAGUUACCAAGUACAUCAGAGAUACAAACUGAGUUACCAAGUAUAUCAGAGAUGGAAACUGAGUUACCAUGUACAUCAGAGAUACAAACUGAGUUACCAAGUACAUCAGAUAUACAAACUGAGUUACCAAGUACAUCAGAGAUACAAACUGAGUUACCAAGUACAUCAGAGAUACAAACUGAGUUACCAAGUAUAUCAGAGAUGGAAACUGAGUUACCAUGUACAUCAGAGAUACAAACUGAGUUACCAAGUACAUCAGAUAUACAAACUGAGUUACCAUGUACAUUAGAGAUAAAAACUGAGUUACCAAGUUCAUUAGAGAUACAAACGAAGUUACCAAGUACAUCAAAGAUACAAACGAAGUUACCAAGUACAUCAGAGAUACAAACGAAGUUACCAAGUACAUCAGAGAUACAAACGAAGUUACCAAGUACAUCAGAGAUAGAAAGUGAGUUACAAAGUACUAGUACAUCAAGGAUACAAAUGCAGUUACAAAAUACACCAGAUAUGCUAACUGAGUUACCAGAUACACCAGCGAUACAACCCAUGUUACCAAGUACAUCAGAGGUGCAAACUAAUUUACCAUAUAAACCAGAGAUGGAAACUAAGUUACCAUAUAAACCACAGAUGAAAACUAAGUUACAAUAUAAACCAGAGGUGCAAACUGAGUUAACAUGUGUACCAGAGGUGCAAACUGAGUUACCAUGUAAACCGGAGAUAAUAAAAACUGAGUUGCCAUGUAAACCAGAGAUUGAAACUGAGUUAUCAUGUAAACCAGAGAUGAAAACUGAGUUACCAUGUAAACCAGAGGUGCAAAUUGAGUUACCAUGUAAAUCAGAGAUGAGAACUGAACUACCAUGUAAACCAGAGGUGCAUACUAAGUUACCAUGUAAACCAGAGAUGAAAACUGAAUUACCAUGUAAACCAGAAGUGAAAACUGAGUUAUCAUAUAACCCAGAGGUGCAAACUGAGUUACCAUGGAAACCAGAGGGGCAAACUGAGUUACCAUGUAAACCAGAAGUGCAAAUUAAGUUACCAUGUAAACCAGGGGUACAAACUGAGUUACCAAGUAAACCAGAGAUGAAAACUGAGUUAUCAUGUAAACCGGAGAUAAUUAAAACUGAGUUGCCAUGUAAACCAGAGGUUGAAACUGAGUUAUGUAAACCAGAGGUACAAACUAAGUUAUCAUGUACAUCACAGAUAAAAUCUGAUUUAUUAAGAAAUUUGAUACAAGUAUAAACAUUUAAAUUGAGGUUAAAAGAUCACCUGUGACACCAAUUUUUAAUGUUCUAACAAAUAAUUAAUCUGAUAAAAUAUUCAACUUGAUGUUACUAUGAGGUGUGUAUGACAAUUUACAUUCCCCUCAAAAGGUUUGGCAAUUUCCCUUUGUAUAGCCUGUAUAUGCUUGAAUCUUUUUUCACUAUAUUAUGCUACAUUAAUUCUUGACAAAGAUUAUUCUCAAACACAAACAUGAUUUAUUAUGUGGCCCAAUAGAGGACAAUGAUGUUGACAAACCUUUUGUGGGGAGUGUGAAUCACUUAAAACGACCAAAACCUUUGGAUUGCCACAAUGUUACAGCACUUUAAACAACCUCCUCCAGUGGCCAAUAUUGCACUGUAGGUAAACCUGCACAUAUUGUCCAAAAUGUCCCUACCUGACUUCUACAGCACCUGUGAGGAUUAGGCAAAGAUAAAGUGUAUGAGAAUGACCUCAGGACAAUUGCAGACCUCAAAAGUAAAAUGCUGCAACACUGUGACUAUCAGUCUGAUGGUCAUGAAAUAUGGUAGGGUGGUAGGAAAUUGAAAUCUGUACAAAUGUGUCAAAUAUCAGGGAGUAAUUUUUUUAAAUGACACGAUAUGAGUAUAAUGCAGAGUUUCCUUAUUUUGACCAACCUGUAUGAUUUGAAACCAAGUAGAAUUUUUUUCCCGUACUCCAGAAAUGCUUAUAUAUAUAUAUGAACUACAAAAGUGAUAAAUGGGAGACCUCGUUAGCAUGUAUGUUAGGAGUUUCUUUAACAGUGUGUAACAGGUGAUUUUCUAUAGCUGUUCUCACAAGAAUCACAAUUUUUGGGUCCCAUGCUUAAGUUCAUCUUCCAAUGCUUUUGUCAUUUCACCUACUGCCAGGUAUUAAUAACCUCUUGAACCAAAGGCUCUAAAAUCGGUUGAAACCAGAGAACUUUUCAUUUUUGCCAGCUUUUGACAUUUCUACAUCAUACACAUACAACAGGUGAUACUUAAUUCAGUGAAACUAGUUGGCAGAGAUCAUUUCUACACAUUUUUAAACAAUUUUUGUAUAAAUUGGAUGAAAUUUGAUCAAAUUAAAGCAAUUUUAGCGAAAAAUUUUGUGACGGUUUAUCUUGUCA